UUGGGCAUUCUGGACCUCAUCCAGGUGUUUGUGGAGACGCUGGACAAGUGCUUUGAGAAUGUCUGUGAGCUGGACCUCAUCUUCCACAUGGACAAGGUCCACCACAUCCUGCAGGAGAUGGUGAUUGGUGGGAUGGUGCUGGAGACCAACAUGAAUGAGAUUGUGGCACAGGUGGAGGCCCAGAGCAAACUGGAGAAGGCAGAGGGAGGCCUCUCGGCUGCUCCUUCCCGCGCUGUGUCGGCGGUGAAGAACAUCAAUCUGCCUGAGAUCCCCCGCAACAUCAACAUUGGGGACAUCAACAUCAAAGUGCCCAACCUGUCGCAGUUCAUGUGA